UCUGACCCUUUCUCUCACAGUCGCCCUAGUAAGGAUUCACCUACUUUCACUCUUCUGACCCUCGACAUGUCAAACAACAACGCCAGCAGCAACUUGGUCGUCGCUCAGAGAGUAGUGAAACAGCUGCGGUUGGAGGCCAGUGUCCGUAGGAUCAAGGUGUCCCAGGCUGCAGUGGACCUGAAGAACUACUGUCUGCAGAACGCUCAGCAGGACCCUCUCCUGAUGGGGGUCCCCUCCAGUGACAACCCCUUCAGACCCCCCAAGUCCUGCAGCCUGUUCUGAGCAGCAGUCAGUGUAUGGAGGAGGAGUUGUUGCUGUAUGUCCUAUGAGGGACCCUUCCUCUGCUCUCUCUACUGCUGGUCCAUUUGUGUGUUGCAGCUCUCCCAAUGUUAACCUCUAGCCUGAUCCCAGAUCUGGCAUGCCAAAGCAUGACAAUGACCAAAGAUGUUGGCAAGACCGCACAAACAGAUCUGGGACCAGGCUAGACAGUCCAUGUAUUAAGAUAAAGCCUAGUAGUGCCAUUAUACAUGUAUGUUCAGGAUGUUGAUGUGAUUUCCUAUUUGUUAUGAUGAUCAUGAUGAUGACAUUGUAUUUGGGUUGUAACUUCCUGAAAAUUCCCCAGUUUUCCAGAAAUUCCUGUUGUAAGAUUCCUGGAAUCGGGAGGGAAUAAGCAGAAAACCCAGGAAUCUUCUACUGGAAUUUCUGGAAAAAUCUGUCAAGUUUUGUAAAGUUACUGUAGUUCUCCAACCCUAACUUGUAUCUAUGCACUGUACUUUCCACCAGUAUGAUAUCAGCCUCUGACAGGCAGGCAGCCAGUGAAUGUGCCUUUGAGUUGUCUCCCAAAUAGCACCCUAUUCCCUAUAUAGUGCACUACUUUUGACCAGAGCCCUGUUCCCUAUAUAGUGCACUAUUUUUCACCAGAGCCCUGUUCCCUAUAUAGUGCACUACUUUUCACCAGAGCCCUGUUCCCUAUAUAGUGCACUACUUUUCACCAGAGCCCUGUUCCCUAUAUAGUGCCCUACUUUUGACCAGAGCCCUAUAGUGCAGUAUAUAGAGAAUAGGGUGUUAUUUGGGAUGCAACUUAUGUGUCUGACGACAUGUUCAGCACAAUAAGGAAGUGACCAACCGUUGAAUGUUUUAACCAGGGUACGUAUUGAUGUUUAACCUACAGUUCUAGCCGAUUGGCCUACAUGCUGUCUUGUCACCUUCUAUUGCUUGUGUUCCACGUGCAGUAUACUUCCUGGUACAAACUACCACAUGGUACAGGUUGACAUUCUCAACCCAGGGAUCCAGAACCAUAGAAUUAGAAUCUAGAAUUCAUGCAGAACACUAACCACAUCUCCCCAGUUGUACUCUAUACAAGAGACUGGCAGUUACAUGUUUCUUUUAAACUUUCGUCGACCUAUUUUAUGAAAUAAUCUGCCUUUUUAUCGAAGGGUUUGUUCAUUCGGUUGUGAUGAUACUAAUGUGAUCUUAAAUGUUACAUUGUUGUGCCCUCCUGUAACUUUUUUUUUAGGAAGACACUCCUGUCCUUGGCCUUUUUCCCUGGAAAUACUCAUGUCCUUCUCAUGGUUUUCCACUAGCCUACAUUCAGUCACAGAUAACACUAUAGCGUGGUUUUACACUAGCCUACAUUCAGUCACAGAUAACACUAUAGCGUGGUUUUACACUAGCCUACAUUCAGUCACAGAUAACACUAUAGCGUGGUUUUACACUAGCCUACAUUCAGUCACAGAUAACACUAUAGCGUGUUUUUACACUAG